AUGGCAGCAUACCAGCUCCGGGUUGCGCCUCUCCACCCCACUUCCCUCUUCCUCCUCGCCGCCUUCCAAUUCCUCUGCGAGGGGUUCGUUGGGGAACCCGAUGAGUUCAUCUACGCGCCCACCGAGCUACCGGUGAGCGACGACAGUGGGCGGGACCGCUACGGCCGCGACGCAGAGCUCCUCCCCAUCGUCGAGAGGGUCAAGGCCCUGCAACUAGCGGGGCUCGCUGAUCUUGACGUGGCGCGCACCUACAUCAGCUGGCGCAUCACGCCGCUGCAGCUGCGGUAUCGCCCCGCGUGGAUGUACAUAGGGCCAGGGGAGAACACGCGCCUCCAGAGCGCGGGCUCGAUCCCGGAUGCGAUCCGGGCGUGGGUGAAGGGGAUCACCGGCGAGGAUGCCCAAUUCACGGAUCUGCUCCGGGGGCUCCAUCCCUCCACGUCGGCGUCGCGGGGCUGCACAACAUCGGACAGCACCCCGGCUGGAGCCGGCAAGAGGGGGAGGACGGACACUGCACCCGCCGCGCCAAGCAAGAAGCCGCGCACCCGGGCUACUGCCAGUGCCAGUCAGGCUCGCACGGAAGCCAGCGGCGCCGCCACCACGGCUGCCGCCGACCUGAUUCCAGUGGAGGAGGAGCCCGCAGCAGGACCAAUUGCGCCCACAACGAGGGCGGGCGACGCGGCGAUCGACCUCACCUCUGACGUCGAGAACGCAGGGUUGAGGGACAAGCCAGAGGUGGUUCCCGUGCCAAGCCCCGCCGCCCCAGACACAACGGUGGCGGCGCCCACCGUCGCUACUGGAGCGGGGCCCGACAGCGCGUCCCCGGCCUCGCAGGCCGGAGACACGGAUCCCGUGGCUGCUCCACAGGAGGCGACUCCUGCCAGGAGCGCGGUUCCUCCACCAGACCUGCAACCUUCGGACGCAGGGGUGGAGAAGGAAGUGGCAGGGGAGUGGCAGGCGGCCCCCCGGCAACGGGACGAUGCUCCUCCCGGCCAAACCGUUGCGGCAGGAGUUUCGUCGUCGUCCGCCGCUACCUCCAGCCCAGACCUCAGCAUUCUUGCCGGGGCGACUCUGGACCCAAUCACAUGGGACCCGAGCAUCUACGACCAGGGGCACCAAUUCCUCGACUCCAUCAAGGAGCAGCAACUGGCCAAGGACGAGGCCGCAACACCAGUCGUCCCCGAGGCAGAGCUCCAUCGGCAACUGGAGGACCAGCGCGCCGAACACCAGCAAGCACUGGACUCACUGGCCACGGCAUGGGAGAAGGCCAACAAGGAGCACGAGGAGGUGCUUGCUACUACCCAAGCUCGCCUCAACGAGAAGAGCGAGCUGGUCAGUAGCUACUCCACCCAGCUCCAGGCGCUGUGCACGAAGCUGGAGGAGCAGGCCAAGGCUACGGAGGAUGGCGCAGCGGCGUCGGCGCGGCGAGAGAAGGAGCUCAAUUCCACCAAGGAACGGAGCACCCAUCUCGAGUCGGAAUUGUCCACCGCCCAGGGCGAGCUCAUCAAGAUGGGCGAGGACAAUGUGGCCAAGGCCAAGGAGAUCGCGCGGCUCGCGGAGCUCGUCCGCAAGGCCAAGUACGCGGUGGCGCUGGCAUGCGGCAACCACGACAAGCUGGCGGAGCAGCGGCGGAGGGAGACCGAGAGGCUGCGCGAGAUCGCCCAGGCCGUGCGUGAGUUGCUGCCAAGGUUCGAGCUGCUGGCCGUGAAGGUGGACGGCACGGAUAUCAGCACCCUCAUCCCGUUCUACUCCAACAUGUUCUGCGCUUGGAACGCCUGCUGGAGGGGCGCGGCAAGGAUGCUGUGGCGGUGCACCCAUUGGCGCUGA